UGUUGAUUUGACAUUUCUGUCAAAAGUCAAAACUUACGUUAAAGAAUUUAAUAAUAAAAAUUAAAUUAAAAUGGGUUCUAAAGCUUUGAAGUUUGGUUCAAGAUUAAAGGAAUUAAGAUUACAUUUGUGCCAACGCGGUGAAACAAGCAAAGGGGCGCGAGAAUUUGUUGAGAAGUUUUAUGUUGGAAUUAAGAGUCAAAACCCUACUUUUCCUAUAUUAGUUAGGGAAUGUUCAAGUGUAGAACCCAAACUUUGGGCGAGAUAUGAAAAGGGUAAAGAAACUAGUGUUUCAUUAAAAAAUAUGUCCGCGGAGGAUAUUUAUACAAAAUUAGAACAGGUAGCAAAAUAAUAAUAAAUAAAACAACUUCUGAUCGCUAGGUACUGUAUUAAAAUGUUAUUAAUGUAUACCAAAUAAAUAUUGAUUUAACGU